CUCCUGCGCGCGGGCGCGCAGAGGAAAGAAAGCAAACAGGAGCGGUGGAAAUGGAGAAUGUGAAGAAAGGGAAGGCUAAGGAAGUGGCGAAGGAGAAAAUUAAGGUGAAAGGAAAAGAAGAGAGAAAGAAAGAAGUGUCAAAGGGGAAAGAGAAAGGGAAGGAAGAGAAGUGGCUAAGAAAAGAUAAUGAGCAGGAAAAGGAGAAAGAGCAAGGGAAGGAGACAGCAGCCAAGAAUGAGCAAUUUAAAGAAAAACCAGAGGUAGAGAAGAGCGACAGCACCAAGACAGAGACGCCUCUGGAGUCAUCCGACAAAAGUAAGCAGAUCCUAGUUCUAGGCCUGGAUGGAGCAGGGAAAACCAGCAUCCUCGAUUCUCUAGCUUUAAACAAAGUCCAGCAUAGCAAGGCACCCACCCAAGGUUUCAAUCCCGUUUGCAUCGACAUUGAAGACAACCAAAUGGAGUUCCUGGAGAUUGGCGGCAGCGAGCCUUUCCGUUCCUACUGGGAAAUGUACCUGUCCAAGGGAUUGUUGCUGAUCUUUGUGGUGGAUUCAGCAGAUCACAAUCGAUUACCUGAAGCCAAAAAAUUCCUUCACCAACUAACAGAAGCAAAUCCAAUCCUUCCUCUGGUUGUGUUUGCACACAAACAGGAUCUCGAGGCAGCCUAUCACAUUACAGAUAUCCACGAAGCAUUAGCAUUAUCUGAGGUGGGAAAUGACAGAAAAUUGUUCUUGUUUGGAACUCAAGUGACCAAGAAUGGCUCAGAGAUACCUUCUACUAUGCAAGAUGCCAAAGACCUGAUUGCACACCUGGCUGCAAAUGUGCAGUAAGCAGGACGAGGCCGGCCCACUGUAUGACUAACCACCUACAUGUCAUUGGGGAAUGCUGAGUGGCAGGCUUGAAACUAAAGGUUUCCACUUUCGAUUAAAAAAUAAGAUCUACCACGCGGCCUGCGCAGUGGUUUCAUUAAUGAGGUUCUA